AUGAAGUUUCUUGCCACCUUGAGUUUUGUUACUGCAGCUUUUGCUGCCAGCCGAACCUCUGCGCCAAGCGGAUGUUUGACUGUGCGCAAGUCCCCGUCUAGUGGCCAAUACGGCACUAUUCAAGCUGCCGUCAACGCCCUCUCCACCAGCGCUAGCGGCUCUCAGUGCAUCUUCAUCGACCAGGGCACCUACAACGAGCAGGUCCUUGUGCCCAAGCGCUCAGCUCAGCUGUCCAUCUACGGAUACACUGCCGACACCAGCAGCUACAGUGGAAACAAGGUCACCAUCACCGCCAAGAAGAGCCAGGCUGAUGGUCUCAACAACGACGAGAGCGCCACUCUGCGCGUCAAGUCGCCCAACUUUAAGCUGUACAAUGUCAACGUUGCCAACACGUACGGCAAGGGCAGCCAGGCUGUCGCCUUGAGCGCCUACGCUGACAGCGGAUACUACGGAUGUGCCCUCACUGGCUACCAGGACACUCUUCUCAGCAACGAGGGUUAUCAGCUGUACUCUAAGUGCCUAAUUCAGGGUGCCACUGACUUUAUCUUUGGCCAGAAGGCUUCGAGCUGGUUUGAGAAGUGUGAUCUUCGCGUCGUCAGCGCGUCCAUUGGCUACAUCACAGCCAACGGCCGUGACUCUUCUUCUAACCCUUCCUACUACGUCUUCAACAACUGCAACAUCGCUGCAGCCUCUGGCAACUCUGUUUCCAACGGCGCGUACUACCUCGGCCGUCCCUGGAGAGAGUACGCCCGCGUCGUCUUCCAGAAGACGAGCAUGACUUCUGUCAUCAACGCUGCCGGAUGGAAGGUGUGGAACACCGGCGACGAGCGUACCAGCAACGUCAUCUUUGGAGAGUACAGCAACACCGGUGCUGGAGCUUCGGGCACGCGAGCUUCUUUCUACACCAAGCUUUCUUCGGCAGUGUCUAUCUCGACUGUCCUGACGGGUAGCUACGCCUCCAAGGGCUACUAUGAUGCCUCUUACAUGUAA